AACUUUAUGUUCACACCAGAAUGCAUGUAUUCGUGAUGCAUGCUUGAAGGGUUUGUUGAGGAUCUGUCUAUACCAUGAUCUGUCAUUGACUGGAAAUACUCCAGAAAGUCGUAAAAAGCCGCGGCGUCAGGAAAGGAUUUAUGAAAGAUGUUUCCGAGCAUAUUUAUGCCAUUGCCGUUGUACAUUCAAAUCAGUGUUUACUGAUUGUCCACAAAACUAGCAGUAACAUAUAAACGACGAAACUCGCUGUGAAUAUUUCCAGUAAAUCCACAAUGAAAUACAAGAUUACAGUCGAAACCGGGGAUCUCCGUGGCUCAGGAACUAACGCAAGUGUUUCAAUCAAACUGAUUGGUAAUGAUGGAAGUGAAACAUCCAAAUUUACUUUGGACAAGUUUUUUCACAACGACUUCGAACAAGGUGAAACCGAUACCUAUGACGUAAGUGGCGAUGACGUUGGUGACAUUAUCAUGGUCUCUUUGAAUAACAAUGGAAUGGGCUUUAAGAGUAACUGGUAUGUGGCUAAGGUUGUCAUAGAGAAAGAGACAGAGGAAAAGAAGUACAUAUUCCCUUGUUAUCGCUGGGUUAUUGAUCAAUUAGUUGUUUAUGAAGGAAAAGCGAUUGUGCCAAAUUCUGAAGACGAUAUAAAACCAAUAGCUGAACAGAGAAAGAAAGAAGUGAGUGAAAAUCGAGAGUUGUACAAGUGGGGAACCGAUUCAAGAUACAGUCAAGAUCUUCCUGGAUUCAUUGAAGCCGAAGAACCCAAGACACUUCCAAAGGACGUACAAUUCACCGAUGAAGCCACGUUAUCUCUUUUCAAAGUUGGCUUGGUAGAUUUUAAAAACCUUGGAUUGAGUCAUAUCUGGGGUUUGUGGGACUCUUGGGAUACUCUUGAUGACUUCCGCAGCUUGAUCACCAAAGCUAUCGAUUCUGGCCUUCCCCAUGCUGCUGAGUAUUGGAGAGAUGACGUGUGGUUUGGUAAACAAUUUCUCAACGCCUCAAGUCCUGAAGUGAUCAAAAAAUGUAAAAAACUCCCAAAAAAUUUCCCUGUGAAGAAUGAAAUGGUGGACAAGCUGCUGGAUCGGGGUUAUACUUUGGAUAAGGCCAUCAAGGAAGGCCUCGUUUACAUUGUUGACUACGAAAUUCUUGAAGGAGUGGCAACAAUGGACACAGACGAAGAUAAACGAUACAUCACACCAGCUAUGGGGUUGUUCUACUUGAAGAAUAAUGAUGACUUGAUACCUAUAGCUAUUCAACUGGGUCAAAAGCCUAGCAAGGAAGUUCCAAUAUGGACACCUUUGCAAGACACCGAUUGGGACUGGAUUUUUGCAAAACUCUGGCUUCGAUGCGCUGAUACCCAAUAUCACCAGAUGAUAACACAUCUUCUUCGUUGUCAUUUAAUGAUGGAACCAACUGCUGUAUCUUCUUGGCGAAAUCUUCCAUCAGUUCACCCAGUGUGGAAGCUUCUGUAUCCUCACACAAAGGGAAUUUUGGCCAUCAACACGCUUGGACGAAACGAAUUGAUUCCUCCAGGUGGUGUUGCUGAUAAAGUGCUUAGUAUUGGUGGUGGUGGUCACGUUACCUUGAUGCAGAAGCACUACAGAAGGGUUACAUUUGAUAGCUAUGAUCUGGUCAAGAAUCUUACUGAGCGAGGUGUAAAAGAUCUACCAAAAUUCUACUACAAAGAUGAUGCUUUGCUUCUCUGGGAAGCUAUCCGCCAAUUCGUGCAAGAAAUCAUUCAAAUUUACUACAAAGAUGACAAAUCUGUGAAAAAUGACAACGAAAUUCAAGACUGGAUUCAUGAUCUUCGUGAGAACGGAUACCAACCUGGAAGCGACAACGUGGAUAAGAAAGUCCCCAAAUCUUUCAACAAGCGUGAUGAAUUAAUUCAUUUUCUGACAAUGGUGAUCUUCACUUGUUCCUGUCAACAUGCAGCCGUCAAUUUCUCUCAAAUGGCCACCUAUGGUUACCAUCCUAACUCUCCUAGUUUAAUGAGACAACCACCACCAACAAAGAAAGGAAAGACUGACCUUGCUAUUGUUAUGGCUUCCCUUGCCAAUAAACACCAGGCUGGUCAGUUGGUUUCCAUUGUCAAUGCUUUGGUUACAAUUUACCCCACUGAGAAAUUUCUUGGAGAUUAUUCUGAUAAUCUGUUUGGUGACGCUUCAGCACAAGCAGCGUUGGCGAAGUUCAAGAGUGAGCUUGCAAAUAUUACAGAAAAAAUCAAUAAAAGAAACGAAGGCAUGGUCACACCGUAUGAAUGGCUUUUACCUGGUCGUAUUCCUAACAGCAUUGCUAUUUGAGUUUCAUAAAACUAUACAUGCAUGUAUAACAUAAUGGGUUAACUCGCUCAUGGAGGAAACCUGCAUUUCAAAUUUAAAACCUUAGCUUUCGGCAAGGUGAAGAUAAUUAAAAUAUGAUUUAUGCAAGACAAAACUUCUUAUUGGUUUUUAUAGUUGACUAACUUCUAUAUUGCAUUAUUAAUUCUGAUUUGUAGGCGAAUGUGUUUACUGUCGCUGAUCGAUUAGUAUUUUUCC